GAGGGGAGCGGAACGGGACGCAGCCCGUGCACGGCUUUUAAAGCGUACUGAUUUGGGAGCGAGCUCCGUUCCACAGCCUGCAUUAUCGCGGAUAAACCCAGGAUAUAAACUAUUUUCUUUACUUCUAUUUGGGAAGGAUUUACGGAAAAAUGUGGUUUGUGGAUACUACGGUGGGAUAAAUGUGUCCGGGCUGUUGUCGACGGCUUUUUAUUUAGUCGCUGGGGAAAAAAAUCCGCGAUUCAACUCGGGAAGCUGACAUUCCCUUCUUGCCCUUGUCCUCUUCUUCCCCCCCGGUCUCACGGUGUCCUCUCCGGCUCUUCCUCUGCUCGUGCCGCAUGAGGAGGAGGAAAUGGCAACCGCACUCGGUGGCCGGAGCGUGGGCGCGCGCGCCCCCAAUCCCAGGAAAGGGCGCAUUUUGGGGAUCAUCGACGCCAUUCAGGACGCCGUAGGACCCCCGAAACAGGCCGCGGCCGACCGGCGAGCUGUAGAGAAAACAUGGAAACUCAUGGACAAAGUGGUGAGGCUGUGCCAGAAUCCCAGGCUCCAGCUGAAGAACAGCCCCCCUUACAUCCUCGACAUCCUGCCGGACACGUACCAGCACCUGAGGAUGAUCCUGUGCAAAUACGAGGAGAACCAGAAACUCGCUCAGCUCAGCGAGAACGACUACUUUAAAGUCUACAUCGACAGCCUGAUGAAGAAAUCGAAAAGGGCAAUCCGUCUCUUUAAAGAGGGCAAGGAGAGGAUGUACGAGGAGCAGUCCCAGGACAGACGGAACCUCACCAAGCUGUCACUCAUCUUCAGUCACAUGCUGGCAGAGAUUAAGGCCAUCUUCCCUGAAGGCCAGUUUCAGGGUGACCUUCGCAUCACCAAGGCCGACGCUGCAGAGUUUUGGAGGAGGUUUUUCAGUGAAAAGACAAUCGUGCCAUGGAAAGUGUUUCGUCAGUGCCUUCACGAGAUGCAUCCCAUCAGCUCAGGCCUGGAGGCCAUGGCCCUAAAAUCCACCAUCGACCUCACCUGCAACGACUACAUCUCGGUGUUCGAGUUUGACAUUUUCACCCGUCUGUUCCAGCCCUGGGGAUCAAUUCUGAGGAACUGGAACUUCUUGGCAGUGACUCACCCAGGUUACAUGGCCUUCCUGACGUAUGACGAGGUGAAGGCACGACUGCAUAAGUACAUCAACAAGCCGGGCAGCUACAUCUUUCGACUAAGCUGCACGCGCCUCGGCCAGUGGGCCAUCGGCUAUGUCACUGGUGAUGGGAACAUCCUGCAGACCAUCCCCCACAACAAACCGCUCUUCCAGGCACUCAUCGAUGGCUGCCGGGAAGGCUUUUAUCUGUUUCCUGAUGGUCGCAGUUAUAACCCAGACCUGACUGGCCUGUGUGAACCCACCCCACAUGACCACAUUAAAGUCACUCAGGAGCAGUACGAGUUGUACUGUGAGAUGGGCUCUACAUUUCAGCUGUGCAAAAUUUGUGCAGAGAACGAUAAAGAUGUGAAGAUCGAACCAUGCGGGCACCUGAUGUGCACUUCCUGUCUCACAGCCUGGCAGGAGUCAGAUGGUCAGGGCUGUCCAUUCUGUCGCUGUGAGAUCAAGGGCACCGAGCCAAUUAUCGUGGACCCGUUUGACCCCCGAAACGAAGGCGCCAAAUGCUUCUUUCUGGAGCAUUUUAACUCGCCCAUGCUGGACCUGGACGACGAGGAUGAUCGAGAAGAUUCUUUAGUGAUGAACGGCCUGACCAUCAGGAAGUGUUCAGAGCUCCAGAACUCCCCUAUUAUGUCUCCCACUUCCUCUCCUGUGAGCCAACGCCGGAAACCCGUCGCUGAUCAUGCGGGAGUUCAGCAUCUGAGUCUGCCUCCAGUACCACCCCGCCUCGACCUCAUCCACAAGGGCGUGAUCCGUUCGCCUGCUGCCAGCCCCACCGGCUCACCUAAGGGCUCGCCAGGUGCAUCCAGGAAGCAGGACAAGCCUCUGCCUCCUCCACCUCCUCAGAGAGACCCUCCUCCUCCACCUCCUCCUGAACGCCCUCCUCCAAUCCCCCCUGAUUUCAGAGCCACCUGGCUGGCAGUGCCGCCCUCCUCCUCUUCCUCAUCCUCCUCCUCCUCCUCCUCAGGACUUCCUCGAGACAUAUCUCUGCCCUCAGAGGCCUGGAGCCCAAAAGACACAAGUCACAUGGCAGAGAGCAGAGCAGGAAUGGAGCGCUCACCCAAACUUGCACACGUUGCGCCUGUUCACCUCAAUGGCAGACCCCUAAGCUGCAGCGCCAUCGGCUAUAGACCAGAUGCACACACGGACUGUAGUAAGCUCACUAACGGUCUGCUCACCUCUGAGAGGUAUGAUGUCCCCCCUCAACGCCAUUCCCCUCCUCCACCCUCCCUCACCAGCAUCAACAACCAGAGGUUUUCGAACCCAUUCAGCAGCAUGUGCUUGGAACGGUCGAUAACAGACAGGCCCGAGGACGAGUAUCAGAUCCCCUCUUCUCACCCAGUGUGCAUCACACAGCCUCCUGUGUGCAUCUCGGUUCGCAUCCCUACCAGGCUUUCAGAAAACUCAUCUGAUCUGAGCUCAGAAAGGAAGAAGCUGAAAGCUCCAGAGCAUGGUGGGUUUGACUUGGGCGUUUCAGUUUCAGGUGGGCUUCCUGCUUCACAAUGUCCCCUCCACAACAACCGGACUCCAGCAGACUACGACAUCCUUUUGCCACCACAAGCCUUGCCAGCAGAAGAUCCGUUUAACACAGCACCCCCAUCACAGCCUCCACCUCCACCCCCUGUUAGACACAGCUUUCCAGACGCAUCGUCCUCCUCCUCCUCCUCCUCAUCUCCAUCCUGCCAGAGAGCUGCUCGGCCAGCAUCUGGACACUUCCUUCUUAGCUCAGAUACUUUCCUGGAUGUUCUGAACAAUUCAGCUCCUCUACCACCUGUUCGAAGACAGACCGGGGAAAGUGCAGUCCGAAACUCGCUAGAGUACGAUCAGCUCCCUCCGGCAACAAUGGCCGGAGAUUGUCUGCAGGCACCCGCGAGACCGCCUAAGCCCUUUCCUCGCAAGACCCCUCCAGAGAUCCUGCAUCGGAGACCACCAGAGUACUCGCAUGAGAGCGUGGAUGCCAAAAUCGCCAAGCUGAUGGGUGAGGGCUACUCAUUUGACGAUGUCAAGAGGGCGCUGAUGAUCGCUCAGAAUAAAGUGGACGUAGCACGCAACAUUUUACGCGAGUUUGCCCUGGUGGCACCAAGACUGAACCUGUAGGCAAAUGCCCCCUCUCCUCGGUCUGACUCAGCAUGGGUGCCAGACGGGCAGCAUGCAGGGUGACUACCCUACAGACCUGGCUCUGAUUACAGGCAUCCAGCAGAGACUGGGACUUUGGAGAGUGUGUGAGAGAGAGACAUGGGCAUGAUGCCCAGCUGGGCUUGAGGAGGAAAGUAAAGGAUUCAAAACGUGGAACCUGUGAAAAAGCCUUGUGUUUACAGUGCUGUGCCGCGUGGUGGCUUAACGCUGCUGCUGCUGCUGCCGCUGCCGCCGCCGCUGCUGCUCUCUGCUCAGUGCCACUCUGUUUCGCUCCAAGUAGGACUGGAAUUGACUGAAUUCAUAUUGAUAUUAAAUUGAACUCUGUCUUGACUGUUGAUGUUGCCAGUUUGUUGCAGGCUGCUGUUGCCUCUCCUGCCAGCUGUGCUAUUGCUGCUGCAAGCCUUAGUCUAAUACACACACACACAAACACACAUUACACCCCUUUGUAGUUUUACGGUCCUGUAUAAACGUUUUUUUGUUUUCAUGGUGAUCAGUUGAAUCUCAAAUUGCACCCCAUGGGUGGUGUGUGCUUUGUUUUGCGACUGCUUCCUCCCUCUGAGUGAAGAACUGUGAGAAAUACAAACUCUACCACUAAGAACAGUAGAGUGCAUCUUUUUACAGUGAAUCAUUUUCUCCCAUUUUACAACUUAAUGAAGUCAAUUUUAUUGUGAGAGAGAGAAAGAGAGGAGGGGGGUGUUGGGGGUUGAGAUGAUUGCAAUGGAUUAAAGCUGAUUCACCACGACCACAUAUAUAGAGAGAUUUUUUUUAUUAUUAUUUACCAUUAACUGAACUCAAGCUGGUUUAUCAUCAUUUGUUUUUUGUUUGUUUAUUAAAAGACUCAGCAUACCUUGCCUCCAAGCCUUCCUCCUCUUCAGGAUAGUUCUUUUUAACCAUUAGCAACUGCUAUGACAUGAGGUUUCCUCUCUCAAACAUAUAAGGAUUUUUUUACAGGUCAAUGUUGCAGGAUUGAGCUUAAAACCAUGCCAUAAAUCUGCUUUCCUCUAACAGUAGCAACAAUAAGCUGCUAAAAUUGAACCCGUUUGGAAAGGAUUGGCAAAUUGUGGCCACACCCAUGCACCGCUACAUUUCCUAAACUACAGCACGGUUAUGCCUUAAAGGUGUCCUAGUUAUUGGAGUACCAUACUGAGUGCGAUUGCAUCCAUUCUUUAGCAAGGCUUGAAUUUCAUUGUAACAUACUGCACAUCGGCGCACGCGUUUUGUUUUGCUUUAAUGUGCCACUUUUUAAACAAAAGAUUUUCUCUUUAGCUGCCAAAUGAAAGGCCUCUGAAUGUAUUUUUCUGUUGAGCUUCAUUUCCAGAGGAAACGCAUUUAAAUAAAUGAUUGCAGUCUCAUAGCCAUGCAUCCUGUGUGUACAGCCCUGAGGUCAUAACUAGGACUGAUCACCUAUCAGCUGCUCUCUUUCUUUAAAAAUAAAGAUUAUCAUUAAAGCAGCAUUUCCUUCACGGUUGAACAGUUGGAUUGUGAAGGCUAUCAGGUUGCAGCCAUCGGCUCUCAUCGUCUGGCCCUGAGAAGAACCCAUUUCCUCUGGUUUUAACUUUCCAGACAUUCGGAAACAUCCUGAUGUUUAUCAGUUGAAAAAAAAAAGGGAAGUGUGUUGUAUUCUUGGAAAGCUUGUAGAAGUCCGAGUUGGAGGAACUGACGCAACACUUCAUCUAAUGAUUUAAACUAUCGAUUGAUGUUUAACCAAAUUAGAGCAGUGAAUUUUAUUUGGUCACUCAUCAGAUCAGAUUUGUUUCAUACACUUUUUCAAUUAGAUUUGUUUUUGCACUGGUCUCUCUUUCUCCCCCACUUUAGCUCUCCUCAGACGAAGCACACCCCCUCUUUCCAACCCACGCAAACAAAGUGGCCUUUGAUAGGAUUGCAGAGGGUGGGACAGUUUUUAUUUUUUUUCUUUUCUUCUUUUUUUUUUUUUUUUUUUUUUUUUUUUUUAAAUGAUGGCUUUUUUAAUGAUUUUUCCCUCUGUGAAUAAUCCUUUGUGGAUCAAGUAACGCGUGCAAUUUAUUUAUACUUUGUUAAACAAAAAAUUCCUGAGAUUAUUUUCAUUGUUGAGUAAUGAUGUUAACUUGCGAUCUGUUCUUGUGAAAAUGUUUUAUAAAAGCCAGUAUUAACAUUAAAGUGUGGUGUUGGUGUGUAGUGAUCUCAUACAGAGUUGAAAGAACAAAUCUGGGAACUGGUCACAUUUUGAUUGACACAAUAAAUGCUUUUAUAAUUAUUUUUUUAA